AUCGACGUCUCGUUCCUCCGAUUCAGUCAGUCGUGGUACGUAAACGUUGGAACAACAAGAGUACGCAAUAAUCCACAAAAAAGCAAAAGAUCGCCGGCGCAGUUCAUAUUUCGUGUUCGUGGACGUUCACAUCUUCUGUUUUCCAUCCACCGCACGUGUGUGCUUUGGGCUGGCGUUCGACGUCGUCGCGUCCUUUGAACGGUGUGCGAGCUUUUAGAGUGGCGUCGCCGUCGUGACGCGACUUACCACCAGUUGCCAGGGGCUUUCGCACGGGUUUUGAACUUUCGUGACAAAGAGAAACGACCAAAAGUAUUUUACAAUGAGUUUCUUCAACUUUUGUUUUAUACAUUAACGGUCCUUGCAGAAUACGAAGAGGGAGCAAACAAAGAUGGACGGACGAUUUACUAUUAGUGACAUUCAAGAAAAUAAUACGAGCGAUUACAAUAAUAAAAACAUGCACACUAAUCUCGGUAUAGACAAUGUUGCAUUAGAAUUGUACGAGAAUGGGGUCUUUGAUAAGGAUACGGGCAAAGAUGAACUGAAGGACCUACCAUCGAGAACGUCUGUUACAUGUUUGCAGGAUGGUAACACUGUAGCCCGUAAGAAAUCCCUUGUCCAGUUGACCAGAGAAGCUUUACCACGAUUGGAAAAUUACAGAAACUCAAGGCGAAAAAGGCCAUCCAUUGGCGAAUUAUUACACGGCAGAAAUAGUUCAGUUAAGGAAAAUAGUAGUACAAAUGACGAAAAGAUUCCAAUUGAAGCAACAACACAUACUGAAGGUAUUAAAUUAGGGUGGAUUCAAGGGGUUAUGAUACCAUGUCUUCUCAACAUUUGGGGUGUAAUGCUUUUCCUACGCCUGGCGUGGAUUGUUGCUCAAGCUGGAAUAGGUGAAUCGUUACUUACAAUUGCAAUUUCAACGGCUGUUUGUGUUAUAACAACGUUAUCCUUGUCAGCAAUUUGUACAAAUGGGGAAGUAAAAGGGGGUGGAAUUUAUUUCAUAAUAUCGCGUUCCCUUGGUCCGGAAUUCGGUGCUUCAGUGGGGAUAGUGUUUGCGUUCGCAAAUGCGGUAUCGGCAUCGAUGAACACCAUCGGGUUCUGUAACUCGCUGAACGAUCUGCUGAAAGAGCACGAUCUUAAGAUUAUCGAUGGUGGAAACAACGACGUCCGUAUCGUAGGGGUGAUAGCGAUUGCGGUCAUGAUUCUCAUUUGUGCCAUCGGUAUGGAAUGGGAGUCGAAAGCCCAAAACUUUCUCAUCGCCAUCAUCCUUGGCGCUAUGGCCGAUUUUAUGAUUGGAGCGAUAAUGGGACCAAAAAGUGACGACGAAGCUGCGAAAGGAUUCACGGGAUUUACAGUUAGUACCUUCUCUGAAAACUGGUAUUCCGCUUAUAGGACGCAGGACGGUAUCACGUACGAUUUUUUUCAAGUCUUCGCAAUCUUUUUUCCUUCAGUAACAGGAAUUCAAGCAGGUGCCAACAUUUCUGGUGACUUAAAGGUAAGUGUCUAUUAUCAANAUUUGACCGAUUUAGCCAACGGUACAUUGACCAACUGUGUUGAAGAUUUGAGCUGUCAAUAUGGACUUUUCAAUAGUUAUACGAUAAUGCAACUGAUGUCAGCAUGGGGACCUUUUAUCUACGCGGGAUGCUUCGCUGCAACCCUAAGCACGGCUCUGACCAAUCUACUGUCCGUUCCCAGACUUAUACAAGCUCUUGGAAAAGAUAAGAUAUAUCCCGGAUUAAUAUUCUUUUCAAAAGGGUACGGAAAAGCUGGAGAACCGUACAGAGGAUACGUGUUGACCUUCUUUGUGUCUUCAGCUUUUCUCUUAAUUGCCGAACUUAAUGCGAUCGCUCCGCUAAUAUCAAACUUCUACUUGGCAUCCUACGCUCUCAUAAACUUUUGCACAUUCCACGCGGCGCUCAUUAAACCAUUGGGGUGGAGGCCCACGUUCAAGUACUACAACACUUGGUUGAGUUUAUUCGGUUUUGUUAUGUGCGUCGUAAUCAUGUUUCUAAUUAGCUGGUUGACAUCGCUUCUGACAUUCAUUGUCAUCCUUGGCCUGUAUUUGGUUGUUGUUUACAGGAAACCAGAUGUAAACUGGGGUUCUUCCACCCAAGCUCAAACAUAUAAAACGGCAUUAACUAACACACUCAAUCUAAUCAAUAUCGGGGAACACGUUAAGAAUUACAAGCCCCAGGUUAUGGUUUUCUGCGGCAAACCUUCUUCAAGGACUCCGCUGUUGGAUUUCGCCAAUCUAAUUACGAAAAAUCACUCUCUCUUGUUGGUAGCCGAAAUUUCAAAUGAGCACUUGGACUAUCGAACUCGAUCAGCGAAAGUAAAGGCAGGUUAUGAUUGGUUAAGGAAAAAUAAAAUAAAGGCAUUUUAUACUCUUAUUGACGGAGUGGAACGAGAUGUUGGAGCCAGUGCUCUGUUUCAAACGGCUGGAAUAGGAAAAUUAGUUCCUAAUGUAUUGCUGCUGGGCUACAAGAAUGACUGGAAGACCUGUCCUUAUAAGGACGUUGUCACGUAUUUCAAUAUCCUUCGUACGGCUUUUGAAAAUCGCUACGCAGUGGCGAUCCUUCGUCUUCAAGAUGGUCUGGACCACAGUAAGCUUACGGGUGACGAAGAUAAUCCUUCUAACAGCGCAUCCAAUGAUCUUUCACUCGGUCAAUCGUCGGGCAUUCAUACGUCAGCCUCAACUCAUUUAAUGCGUGUCGAUUCCAAUGUAGAUAUAUCAUUUAUCAACGUUCCUGAAAGCGUAUCGUCCUCUCAUCCCAGUAUUAGUGAGUAUGUCUUAAAAUAUUUUGCACCAUUCAAAAACACACCAAAUGUUUCAUCCAACAAAAAACAAAGAAAAAGAAAUGAAGCUAUUGCACACAUUCUAUCAUCGCAAAAUGGUGACAUUCAAAUUCCAGGAUAUGUUCUAGAGAAAAUAACCAUAUUCAGGAGGAAACAACCGAAAAGAACCAUUGACGUUUGGUGGUUGUACGACGAUGGUGGAUUAACGAUGCUAUUGCCAUACAUAAUUUCUACCAGAAACAACUGGUCUUCCUGUAAACUGAGGGUAUUCGCCCUGGUUAAUAACAGGAAUGAACUGGAAACUGAAGAACGAAAUAUGGCCAAUCUGCUUUCCAAAUUUCGUUUGGACUAUUCCAGCCUUCAAAUGGUACAAAUUUCUGAUAAGCCGAAAGAAGAAACGAUACAGUAUUUUAAUGAUUUAAUCGCCAAGUUCCGUGUCAGUGAAAAAGGUGAAAAUGAAGACGGCGUUAUAACCGAUUUAGAAUUAGCGACUUUGCAAGAAAAAACAAACAGGCAGCUACGUUUAAGGGAAUUACUUUUAGAAAAUUCCAGCUCAGCAUCCUUGGUUGUAAUGUCGCUACCCAUGCCCAGGAAGGAAAGUGUCUCACCAAUACUGUACAUGGCAUGGUUGGAAGUACUUACGCAAAACCUACCCCCUUAUGUUUUAGUAAGAGGCAACCAACAGUCAGUUUUGACAUUUUAUUCUUAGACAAUGCUUUUUUUUUAUUUAAUUACGAUCAGUAUUUACCCAAACUAAGUGUCAUUUACGAGAGCUUUAGUAAAAUAUAUUUAAUAAAUAGACUAUUAUG